GUUCAACUCUCCUGUCUCUCUCUCAACAUAUCGAGCUUCGCCGUUACCGGAAAACUGAUAAACAAAGAAAGCAAAAAUCAUUGUAACUUUGAUUUUCGUGUAGUUAAGGAUCUUUAUCUCUCUCGUUCGUGAUGCUUGUUACCCAGAGGUUAGUGUACUCUCGUCUGAGAUGUUGCCGGAGAAAUCGAGAACUUCGGCUGUGACCCUUUCGUGAUCGAAUAUUUUUGUCUUUUUUAUUGUUUUCGAAAACUUUAAAAUGGAAGGACAGGCGAAGCUGACGAGGACACAGUCAUCGUUUCUCCGGUCACCGUCGUCGACGGUACGUUCGUCUUUUCACAGCUUUAGUUUAAUCGCCGACGAUGUCUCUCACCAGAAACAAGAUCUUGAAACCGGAGAGAAAGAAGAGAAGCAGAGGAGAUACCCGCGUAAACCAUUCGGGUCAAGUCCUCGAACCGGGUUAACCCGAAUCAAACCGGGUCUAGUCUUCACCAUGGUGUCUCUCUCUUUCCUCAGUCUCUCCUCUUUCUUCUUCUUCGUCGUCUUCACCCAAACCGAUGAGCUUAUCACGUCCGAGAACCUCCUCCUAGCUUUGAUCUUAGUCGCCGUCGCUCUCUUCCUCGCCUCGAAGAACAUCGCACUUCUCAACCUAACCAAACUCGCAAUCACCAAAGGCUUACACUUCCAGAGCAAGAACCGGUCAAAACCGGUUCAGUGGUACAUCGGGGAUACCGAAACCAAACCGGAGAAGGCCACCAAGCGGUUCGUUAAAGAAGGUGUUCAGUUCUACAGCAACGGAGACUUCUACGAAGGGGAGUUUCACAAAGGGAAGUGUAACGGGAGUGGUGUUUACUACUACUUCGUGAGAGGACGGUACGAAGGUGAUUGGGUGGAUGGGAGAUACGAUGGUCAUGGGAUUGAAAGCUGGGCUAGAGGAAGUAGGUACAAAGGUCAGUAUAGGCAAGGUCUUAGACACGGUUAUGGAGUUUACAGAUUCUACACUGGUGAUUGUUACUCUGGUGAAUGGUUAAAUGGUCAAAGCCAUGGGUUUGGUGUUCAGUCUUGUGCUGAUGGCAGUUCUUAUGUUGGAGAAUCAAGAUUUGGUGUCAAACAUGGGCUUGGAUCUUACCAUUUCCGAAAUGGAGAUAUGUAUGCAGGAGAGUACUUUGGAGACAAAAUACAUGGGUUUGGUGUGUACCGUUUUGCUAAUGGUCAUUGUUACGAAGGAGCGUGGCAUGAAGGUCGUAAGCAAGGGUAUGGUGCUUACUCGUUUAGAACCGGUGAUACUAAAUCCGGUGAGUGGGACUCGGGGAAUCUUGUAACGUUUCUCCAUCAUACGAGCGAGCUGGUACGCAGAGCGGUUCAGGCUGCUAGAGAAACUGCCAAGAAGGAGGCGGAUAAUCGGAGACGAGUAGAUGAACAAGUGAGUCUAGCUGUUACUGGAGCUAAUAAGGCUGCAACGGCUGCAAGAGUGGCUGCGGUUAAAGCGGUUCAGAAUCAGAUGGAUGGUAAAUUUUGUCAAAGUUAAAAAAGAAAGUGUAAAUUUUGGUUUAUUACCGGUUUAAUCUGUAACCCUGAAUGAAGCUAAAAGAAUGUAAGCUUGGUUCAGAGGUUUUUAACAAUGUAAUUUUCGAUCUUAUUACUACUUCUGUAACAAUUUGUACAUAGAAGAAAAUGGAAAAGCUUCUCUAUUUUUUGUAAAUCAACUGCUUGAUUGAUGAUGGAGCUCUUUUUCUA